UAAGGCUCGAGACCUCGUAGCGGUUUGUUUUGAAUUUCUAUUCGAAUCGAACAACGAAACCUGUAAACCGUAUUUCUCGUUGAAAUUCGACACUUCGAAAGUUCGAAAACCAGUGAAAGACAGUGCGUCCGCUCUAUUUGUGCUUUCGUCUGUCGUCCAGUUUUCGAAGAUCCCAGCGAAAUUUCUAACUCAUCAAAACAGUAACAACAACAACAUGUCUGUAACUACGUCUGUACAGCCCGCUACUGAGAGUCUCUCUCGCCAUGGGAGCAACAUCUCUCUGUCCUGCUAUAGUUCAUGCGGGAGCGUUGACGAUGGCCUCCAAGGAUCUCACCCUCAGUACCAGGACACGAUCCUUACAAUCGAGGAACUUCGCGCUCAACUGAACUCUUGUUUCACAUGCGGUGUCUCGUGGAGCGAAGAACACGUCUCUCUUGAUUGCAGCGAGUGUGGUGGUUAUUCCCUUCAGCGGCCGUGCCCACUUUGCGACGGACGUUGCCGCACCUCGUGGAAACGCGACCUUACCAUGUCCCACGCCAGUGGUAAAGCAAGAUGGAUCGGCGAAUGUGGACUGAGUUGUGGUCCCUCCCUCGAGGAACCCCUGGUGCCUGCAUUGGAAAAAUUACGAGCCACCUCGUGAACGGUGUACAGCGACGAAUGUAUUAUAGAAAGACGUCGUUGUGAUGCACCGUCAACCAUGCACAAGACUUAAUCCAUCACCAUCCAUAUAGCGUCACCCCAACACCACCACCACUACCAUCACCACCACCAUGAGCGAGUCGGAAAACGUGUGAAUGUGGAUUCUGGAUGCAUAAAUGAUACAUUAUGUUCCUGCGGAGCAAGGACGGACACGACAUCUGACAAUGAAACAAAACCGUUCUUCUCUCCGAUAGCUUCCAUUCGACGAUGCAUUAUGUAUCACGAACGGUCGAUUGGCAAGAGGAUCUUCAAUAGAGCUGAAACGAACGUCGCCGAUUUCAUCGUCAUCAUUUGAAUUAAAGCGCCAUCUUGAAUUGACAGCGGAACGUCGGGUAAUUGGAAAAUACUGAUUUCGUUUUGACUCGUCGCUGGAGUUAUGGAGCAGCUUUAAUCGAGCGACAUUUUCCUUUUUUUUAUUAAUGGAGAUUGGGACGCGUUGAUUUAUGAUCAACUAUAAAGGAAUAUUGAUCUCUAGAAGCCAGCAGUUUCGAAGAAAUCAGGAUAUUCGAGAUGUCCAAGUUCCCGUGUAAGAGCGUAUGAUAAAAAUACCAUAUUUGCGCUGUAAAUCAUAGUUUGUUUGUAAAUUGUAAUCGAGAAACAUCGAUGCAAUAUCGCAUUUCGGUCUCGUUGUAUUAUUGUAAAUUUUGGAUUCUAUUUUGAUUGAAGUACACCCGGGCACAAUGGCUUCCUUUGGGUAACGACGACUGUAGAGGAACGAAUCUCUGUUUAAUUAAAUUUUAUAAAUUUAAUUCUGAGAAUUAAGUUUAUAUAAAAACCAUGAAUCUAGAAAUUCCAAAAUUUAUAAAUAUUUAAACUUGUAAGUUAAUAAAUUGAAAAUUGUGUCAGUAAAAGAAUAUUAAAGCCUCAUUCCUCUACAUCGCCAUUUUUUCGGAAGAAGUCUAUCAUGUUUGCUAUUGUACAAAGCUCUGUGGCAAAGUUAAGACAUGCAAUCUGGUUCCUAGAACAUGAUUCUUUACGAAACGUUGAUCUGGUUAGUAAAAUGAUGUCUCAUUUUAAACAACUGACCAGUAAAUUGGUAGAACUGUAUACUGUUAAGAAAGUUAGUAAUCAGGGUUGUAAUCGUGUUUCGUUAUUGGUGCAAGGUACCUAAACCGACUUGGUAUUAUGCGUUUUGCUGAAGUGUUGCGGAUACUUCUAUAAAAGAGUCGUAGAAUUUCAACAAAAAUAGUUUGAAAAAUAUACACAUACACGUCACUGCAUUUUGUGAAAUCAUAACACGUAUCUUGUUUUUUCACAUUUAGCUUGUAAUGAAUUAAGUUAUGAACUUCUUAUUUUAUAACGAAUGUAACUUUGGUCUCGACGAAAUGCACAAGAACAUUCAAAUCUUAAGUAAUAUUUUAUGCGAUUGAAAGGGGAAGCGAGUUUCUCUUAUCCGGUUCAAUGAACACUUUAAUAUAAAUUACUUCUCCCAGUAUUUCAAAGAUAGAUAGAUUUUUAAAGGAUAUUAACAUCUAUACAGAAAUGUGUAUGUAAUUAUCCAUGCAAUGUAAAUGAUUAUUAAAUCAAAAUCGAAAGCUAAACUUUAAUAUUAGACUGACUAGAAAAAAUAUGUAAUUGAAAAUAUACAAAACUUGCGCAAAAAAAUUAAUUUGUUAAAUUUUCAACUUAAACGAAAUUGUAAAUGAGAACCUUUUUGUUUAAAGUAUAGUGAAUUGUCGCUAUAUAGACCUGGAUUGAAUCAGCAGGAGUGGACAAAAAUAUAUAGAAUAUUCCAUGUAAAUGGAAUUCUUUCCAUGCAGUGAUUUUAAAUUUGGAAAUUUGGAAAUUACUUAUGUCUAUAUGUAUAUAACAUUCCCUGCCUCAACGGGCCAUAUAGCGAGACACUGUAUCGAAGUACACGUGUAAAGUAAUUAGCAAUCUAUUUCGUUGUUAUAUAAAAUUUGUAUGCUAAGUUGUAUACGUAUAAUAAGAACGACGUAUGUCUUCGACUGGGAUUGCAUUUCUGAAAGUUGGUGCUAAGUGCCAAGAGACACAAAAUUAGCCUAAGAAACAGAACUAGGUGAAAAUAUCGGUCAAAGUGAAAGCUAGUAAAUUGAACUCCUUUUUACAAGUUCUGCAAAUAAUAAUUCCGGAUAAUCGUAUAAGAAGUAAUUUUAUUGUAAACUAGAUUUUAAACUUAUCGAGUAAAGAAUAGCAAAAACAUGUCACUCUAUAUUUAAUGUUCAUCACGAAUGUAUUUUUACUCAGUUUUUUUAGCUAAGCAACGCGCGUACACGUAGAGCUCACGCGAGAGGAACGAUCAAAGAGAAGCAUUUAUGUUGGUGCGAAUAAUAAUCGUCGAAUUUAAUUCACUUCAUUUUUCUAAACGUUUUACUCGGACGUUUGCGUUCAUUUUUAUAAACGAGUGUACAUCUGUACGCGAUUCAUUCGAACAUUAUGUGUAUUCUUUGAUGAUGUAACGUUUCGUAUGUGAACACAUCUUCAUCAAGUCCAUACUCAUUUUAAAUUAAAAUGUAAUUUGUAACAUUUUCCGAAGUAUUAGCCCAGCGAUAAGCUUAUGUUCGAUGCUUUAGGAAAUACGUUUGGUAGCAAUUUUUAUUUAAUCCAUAAAAGUCUUAUUUAUGAUCGAUACGUUAAAAUUAAUAUGGGUUUAAUAAACAAUGUUCGUCAAGA